AGCCCCUGUUCUCCCGGGCAGGCUGCGGGGGCUCCAGGCAGGCAUGGUCGGCUAUGACCCCGGCUCCAGCUGCGUCUCCACGGCGGAAGCGGCUGCAGCAGGGUCAGCGUCUGGCUUCGUCACCCGGCUCCUUAUCAGUCCCUUGGAUGUCAUCAAGAUCCGGUUCCAGCUUCAGAUCGAGCAGCUCUCCUCCAAAAACCCAGGUGCGAAGUACCACAGCAUCCUGCAGGCUGCACGCCGCAUCUUCCGGGAAGAGGGCUUGGUCGCCUUCUGGAAGGGCCAUGUUCCUGCUCAGCUGCUUUCCGUUGGCUACGGAGCUGUUCAGUUCAUGGUGUUCGAGAACAUGACGCAGCUGGCACACAACGUCACCUCCUACGGCGCCCGCGACUCCUUGGUGCACUUCACCUGCGGUGGGCUGUCUGCCUGCACAGCCACUGUGGCAGUGCAGCCUCUUGACACGCUACGCACCCGCUUAGCUGCUCAGGGUGAGCCCAAGAUCUACCAAAACCUUCGCCAUGCGGUGGUCACGAUGUACCAGACAGAGGGACCUCGGACAUUCUAUAGAGGUUUGACCCCCACAAUCAUUGCUGUCUUCCCAAAUGCUGGUCUCCAGUUCUCCUUCUACAACAUCCUGCAACAGGUUUCUGAAUGGGUGAUUCCAGCUGAAGGAAAGAAAGGAGGCAACGUUAAAAACCUUGUUUGUGGCAGCUGUGCUGGAAUCAUCAGCAAAACCCUCACUUACCCCUUCGACUUGUUCAAGAAGCGACUGCAAGUGCGUGGCUUUGAGCAGGCCCGGGCAGCCUUUGGGCAGGUGCGGGUGUACAGCGGUCUCCUGGACUGCAUAAGGCAGAUCAUGCGAGAGGAGGGCCCGGGUGGAUUCUUUAAGGGCCUCUCACCCAGCUUGCUGAAGGCUGCUGUCUCUACUGGCCUUACCUUCUUCUGGUAUGAGCUGUUCUGCAGCCUCCUGUGCUCCCUGAAGACUGCCGAUAGCAUUGCAAGGAAGGAACGCUGAAAGGGGCAUGUCUGUGGCUACCUGAGGCCCUCCUAGAGGAGGGGAAACUGAUGGGCUUUGCUCUGUCAUGAGCACGUUGGGAAUGUCAGAGUUCCCAGAGCUCCAUCAGCCUGUAGGAAAUCACCUCCUGGGACCAAGCAGAAGGAGAAGGCAGCUGCAGUUCUGCUGAAGACACUGAACUGCUUUGCUGGAAGCUGUUCAACUGAGCACUUUUUUCCUCUGUUUCCUCUAAUAUCAGCACGCAUUUAGUGGAGAGAGGGGGGAACCAAAGCAGAAAACUACCUGCUGUAAAGAGGCACCUGCUGAAGCGGGUGUAUUCCUGUGCUUGCCCUGGAUCACAAAUUGGGAUCCUGGUGUAGCUGGUGCUGCUUAUCCAACCUAACACCACUUCCUAUGGCUACAUCCACACAGCUGUGUUUCCUUGCUCUCUGGACUGCUGUUUGCACUGUGUUCUUUUCUUGGUGUAGCACAGGCAGCUCUGCUGCUGUUGUGAAGUCAACUCAAACCUUCUUAGUGUCACACAACCUCAGUUUUCCUUUUCUUUGCUGCCAGCUGCUGCUUCUUGCUUACCACUUGAAUCAGCCACCUGAAACACAGCAUUUUCUGGUGGAUCACACCCAGACUUGCUCUUCUUUUAACUCUGAUGAGCUUGAUUGUAUCCAAAGUGCCCAUUUCUCUUCUUGCACGUCUUACCACACAUCUCUUGGGGUUCUGCAUUGCCUCAGUCACACUUUUGCAAUUCAAUCUGCAGAUUAAGAACCCCUCUCUAAGGGAAUUCAACGCACAAGCCCUAUUCUUUAGGGUUCUUUGCUUCAAUGCAGUGAGUAACCAAAUGCUGUGUAGAGUUCUAGAAAUAUUUAAGUGGGAAUAAUGAAGGAAAAGUCCUGUGGAAACUAGUAAAUACCUAUUAUUAUUAUU